UUCCAACAUCCACAUCCCUAAAUCACUCGUUACCUAGCUGGUGACAGAGAGAAAUCGAUAUCGAAACCAAAAUGAAGGCAUCAAACAUUGGAGUGUUUAUUGUGCUAGUACUGGUCUUGGGCUGCUACAAACCUAAAGUAUCCAUGGCCGCGACUUGCAAAAUACUAUCGCUGAGCCCUUGCUUGGACGCUAUCACAAGCGGGACGACUCCUUCGGAUAGGUGUUGUAGUCGUUUGAAGGAACAAGAAGCUUGUCUUUGUGAGUUCGCCAAGGACCCUGACUAUAGCCAGUACAUUACCUCUCCUAAUGCCAUGAAAGUUGCUACCGCUUGUGGGGUUGCCAUCCCCACAUGUUAAUUGGAUUUGCCCAACAAAUUCCUCCCUCCCUCUUUAUAUGUUUACCUAUAUGAAUAAAUGCGUCUUAUUGCGUGGAGUGCACAAUAAGAACGCAGAGGGAAAGUGCGUAAGUAAAUACGCAUAAAUGCGUCCUAUGGUACCAAUGUUAUCUACUUGGAUUCAGGGAUAUGCCCUAGUGGUCUUGUUCCCUGUUUUGUUUCAAUAAAAUCUUAACUUACCAAAGAAA